AUGGCGCAAAAUUACGUAGAUUUAGCACCAUGGAGGCUAUACUUCGAUGGAUCAAGACAUAAGCAUGGAGCUGGGAUAAGAGGAGUCAUAAUUUCUCCAAAUGGAAUUCCAGUCGAGUUCAAAUACAAAAUCGAAGGGAUAUGCACCAAUAAUGAAGCAAAAUACGAGUCAUUGAUCACCGGACUUGAGCUUCUGCUGGAAUUGGGGGCAAGGAAUGUCGAAAUUAUGGGAGAUUCAGAGUUAGUGAUUAAAAAAGCAUCGAAAGAAUAUAGGUGUGUUAAAGAAAAUCUGAUCAUGUACUUCGUGGUCACCAUCAGACUACUCAAAAGGUUUGAGCAAGUCAAUCUCCAACACAUACCACGGCUAGAAAACCAAAGAGCAAAUGAUUUGGCGCAGGAGGCUUCAGGGUAUAAAACGUUGAAAGACCAGGACGAAGAUAUCCAAAUGAGAGAGAAAGUACGGGCGACAGUGUUGUCACCGUCAGAUCUGGCGAUCGUGAAGUUGGGGGCAGUAGAUAAAAAUCAUUUUGAAAUUCUGGUUGUCGACAACGAGAGAAGAAGUGAUUGGCGUAAACCGCUAGUUGAUUACUUGCGUGAUCCCGUGGGGUCGACAGAUCAAAAAAUAAAGUAUAGGGCCCUUAAAUACGUCUUGAUAAAUGAUGAAUUAUUCGAAAAGACAGUCGAAGGAGUGUUAUUAAAAUGCCUGGGAGAAAGUGAGGUAUACGUGGCUGUGUCGAGCAUACAUAGCGGGGCGUGUGGGGCACAUCAAGCAGGUUGUCUAGAAUGCCAAUUGCAUGGGGGCAUACAGCAUGUGCCUGCAAGUGAGCUACACACAAUUGUGAAACCUUGGCCAUUUCGAGGAUGGGCUUUGGACGUUAUAGGAGAAAUAAAGCCAGCCUCGUCGAAACAACAAAGGUAUAUGUUAGUUGGUAUCGACUAUUUCACAAAAUGGGUCGAAGCCGUAGCAUUACCAAAUGUGAACCAAGAAGUUGUGAUAGACUUUGUCCAGAGUUACAUCAUUUGCAUAUUUGGCAUCCCAGAAACUAUCACAACCGACCAGGGGUCGGUUUUCACUGGUCAAAAAGUGCAAGAAUUUGCAAGAGAAAUGGGAGUCAAGUUACUGACAUCUACCCCAUAUUACGCAUAG